CGGCGCACUUCCUUUCCUGACCCAAGUGCCCGGCAAGGCUGCUGCACGCCUUUAAUUGUGGCCGCUGUACAGCAAAACUGGAUUUUAUAACGAGUCAAAGGAGACAAACACACCAGAAUUUUUUUUCUACGAGGACGUAGAUUGACAGCCUCCUUCAGAAAUGUCCCGUUUCUUUGCCACCGGGUCUGACAGCGAGUCAGAGGAGUCCUCAUCCGCUGAUGAGAUCACCCCUAAAGCAACUGGAACUACUUUCAAGCAGUCAUUGCUUCUCAGUGACGAUGAAGAGGACACAAAGAGAGUGGUGCGCAGCGCCAAAGACAAAAGGUUUGAGGAGUUGACCAACUUCAUCAAAACUAUUCGCAAUGCUAUGAAGAUUCGUGAUAUGGCCAAAUGUCUGGAAGAGUUCGAGCAGUUGUGUCGAGCCUUCCUCAAAAGCAAGAAUAUCGUGGACAAAGAGGGUGUUCCUUCUUUCUAUAUCCGCCUUCUAGCUGACUUGGAGGACUAUUUGAACCAGCUUUGGGAGGACAAAGAGGGCAAGAAGAAGAUGAACAAAAAUAAUGCAAAAGCCCUCAGUACACUACGUCAGAAGAUCCGCAAAUACAACAGGGACUUUGAAACUGAAAUAGCUGCAUACAAAGAGAACCCACAGGAGUCUGCAGAUGAAGAGGAAGAGAAGGAGCCGGGAGAUUCUGGCUCAUCCUCUGAAAGUGAGGGAGAUGCAGGUGAUGAAGGAAUGUCUGCUAAGUCUUUUUUGAAGAAAAAGCCGGAGCCCACUGCAGAUGCCAGCAAGUUCCUCAAGUCUGCCAAGGGAUCUGGGGAUGAGUCCUCCUCUAGUGACGAUGAUGAUGAUAUAGAGUGGGGAUCAGACUCUGUCGACAGCGGCAGUGAGAGCUCGGAUGAUGGCGAUGAGAAGAGCUCUUCUUUGGCUGUGGUUUUCCUGAAAAAAGCUCAGGACACUGAGAAGCCGAGUGAAAAGAGGAUCGGGAAGAGAAAGAAGCCCAAGAAGAAGGAGCGUCUUGAAGAGGAGGCAGAAGAGGAAGGAGGAGAGGAGGUGGAGGGAGGCUGGGAGAAGGUGAAGGGAGGAGCUCCUAUGGUCAAGGAAAAGCCCAAGAUGUUUGCUAAAGGCACUGAGAUCAACAUACCAGUGGUGGUGAAGAAGCUGAACGAGAUCCUGCAAGCUCGAGGCAAAAAGGGUACCGACAGAGCCGCCCAGAUCGAGCUGCUCAACGCUCUGGCAGCCAUCGCCGCAGAGAAUGACCUAGGCCAAGGUAUCAUGGUCAAGAUCAAGUUUAACAUCAUUGCCUCCUUAUACGAUUACAACCCCAACCUGGCUGCUUUCAUGAAGCCCGACAUGUGGAAGAAGUGUCUGGACUGUAUAGAUGAGCUGCUGGACAUCCUCUUUGACAACAACAACAUCUUCAUCGGGGAGAACAUUGCAGAGGACAGCGAGAACCUGGCAGCCUCAGAGCAGCCCUUCAGGGUUCGUGGCUGCAUCCUUACACUGGUUGAGAGGAUGGAUGAAGAGUUUACCAAGAUCAUGCAAAACACAGAUCCGCACUCACAAGAAUAUGUGGACAAUCUGAAAGAUGAGGGACGAGUUUGUGGCAUUGUGGACCGGCUGCUCGGUUACAUGGAGAACAAGGGCAGCACUGAGGAGAUCUGUCGCAUUUACUUGCGUCGGAUCAUGCACACCUACUACAAGUUUGACUACAAGGCCCACCGGCGCAGCCUGGGCCUCCAGGGAGAAACCAAGUCUGAGCAGGACCAGGAGGAGAGCGAGGGGGAGGACAGCGCCAUAAUCAUGGACCGUCUCUGCAAGUUCAUUUACGCCAAGGAUCGCACCGACCGUAUCCGAACCUGCGCCAUCCUCUGCCACAUCUACCACCACGCUCUGCACUCCCGCUGGUACCAGGCCCGAGACCUGAUGCUAAUGAGCCACCUGCAAGACAACAUCCAGCACGCCGACCCGCCCGUACAGAUCCUAUACAACAGAACCAUGGUGCAGCUCGGCAUUUGUGCCUUUAGACAGGGCAUGAUCAAAGACGCCCACAAUGCACUGCUGGACAUUCAGUCAUCUGGACGCGCCAAGGAGCUGCUGGGUCAGGGUCUGCUCAUGAGGAACAUGCAGGAGAGGAACGCCGAGCAGGAGAAGAUCGAGAAGAGGAGACAAGUGCCCUUCCACAUGCACAUCAACCUGGAGCUUCUGGAGUGUGUGUACCUGGUGUCGGCCAUGCUUCUAGAAAUCCCCUACAUGGCUGCACACGAGUUUGAUGCCCGCCGCAGGAUGAUCAGCAAACAGUUCCACCAUCAGCUCCGAGUGGGAGAGAGACAGCCUCUGCUAGGACCCCCAGAGAGCAUGAGGGAGCAUGUGGUGGCAGCUAGCAAAGCCAUGAAGAUGGGAGACUGGCGCACCUGCCACUCAUUCAUUAUCAAUGAGAAGAUGAACAGCAAAGUAUGGGACCUGUUUCCUGAGACACAGCGAGUCAGAGAGAUGCUUGUCAGGAAGAUCCAAGAGGAGUCACUGAGGACUUACCUGUUUACAUACAGCAGUGUGUACGACUCCAUCAGCAUGGAGACCCUGUCUGAGAUGUUCGAGUUGGAGAUCCCCACAGUUCACAGCAUCAUUAGCAAGAUGAUCAUCAAUGAGGAGCUGAUGGCAUCGUUGGAUCAGCCCACACAGACGGUAGUGAUGCACCGCACGGAGCCCACCUCUCUACAGAACAUGGCUCUGCAGCUGGCUGAGAAACUGGGAAGCUUGGUGGAGAACAACGAACGCGUCUUUGACCUGAAACAGGGCGUCUAUGGAGGUUACUUCAACAGAGACCAGAAAGGUGGAUACCAAAUGAAGCAAUCCUACCAGAGAGAUCAGAAAGGAGGCUACCAACAGAAACAGGGCGGCUACCAGAGAGGUGGCUACAGGAAUCAAAACCAAGGAAACUACUGAGCUUGGAUUAUUACGAUUUCCCUCCUGUCUCCUGAAAGUAGUCUUCAUUCCAUAACAACAGCAUCAACAUGUGUGUCUGUGCGCUGCACUUGGCUGUUCUCCUUCAUUUGACUCCAAACAGCUCUCUGCUGAUCCUGAACAUUGUGGCAGUGUGGGCCAUUAUUACUGCUACUGCAGAAUGUUUUAUGGGUAGAGUUUUGAAGGUUGUAUUGAGUAGCGGUAGAGAUGAAAGCAUUGCAGCGUGUCCGGCUUGGAGCAGUAGUCCAGGGACAGACAUGUCAAGUAUUGUUAAAUUACACUUAUCUAAUAAACAACAUUAAACAGUG